CCGUCAGCCCCUUCGUCAGAAAUCCAUCAUGGCGCCCGUCGGGUUGUUGGCCAGUGUGUCAAAACCAGCGUGGAGACUAGGCUUGGUGCUGAGGCCGGCGGCAGUCAGCUGUGUGCGAGGUGUGGCCCAGCUGGAGAAUGUGGGGAAAGGAACCUUCAAAUUAGUGAACCCUCCUGAGAAGGAAGACAAGACCUUAAGGGAGAUCACAGACAAGGCAGCGACGACACUGUUCCUCACCGAACUCAUCAGAGGGCUCUCCAUGGCGAUCAGCUACAUGUUCCGUGAGCCGGCCACGAUUAACUACCCGUUCGAGAAGGGUCCGCUGAGCCCGCGGUUCCGCGGCGAGCACGCCCUGCGCAGGUACCCGUCCGGGGAGGAGCGCUGCAUCGCCUGCAAGCUGUGCGAGGCCAUCUGUCCUGCACAGGCGAUCACGAUCGAAGCGGAGCCUCGGGCUGACGGCAGCCGCCGAACCACCCGGUACGACAUCGACAUGACCAAGUGCAUUUACUGCGGGUUCUGCCAGGAGGCGUGUCCUGUGGACGCUAUUGUAGAGGGUCCGAACUUUGAGUUUUCGACGGAGACGCACGAAGAGCUGCUGUACAACAAGGAGAAACUACUGAACAACGGAGACAAGUGGGAGGCAGAGAUCGCCGCUAACCUACAGGCUGACUUCCUCUAUAGAUAAACACACAAC